UGGAGCUGCGGGGCAGGCCUCGUUAGGGACCCUUGAACGAGCUUGUCUUGGCCCCGGAGGAGAAGGCGAUGGCGACGGACAAGCGGCACGAGUUCGUGGAGAGCUGCACGACGCUGGCGCUGCGCUGCAAGCCCGACAAGUGGGCCAAGCUGGUGGGCAGCGAGGAGGGCAGCGCCACGCUCGCCGAGUUCUUCGACAAGCAGGACGUGCUGGCGCUGGUGCUGAGCCUGAGCCCCGCCGGGCAGCUGGUGCCCUGCCUCGACUUCCCGCCCGCCCUCAAGGGCAAGGGCAUCUACUUCGUGAAGAAGAAGCGGGAGAACAUCACCCGCGACAACUGCCGCGCGGGGCUGCUGGUGGGGGACCUGGGGCCCUCGCCCGUGGAGCAGCUGAUCGCCGCGGUGGAGGAGGUCGUCUACUCGCUGUUCCUGAAGGAGGGGAACCUGAGCGGGUGGCCCCACGUGGUCUCCGAGGACGUGGUGAAGCAGGCCCACCGGCUGAAGAACGAGAUGUUCGUCAUGGGGGGCAAGAUCCAAGGGAAGACGCUGCUCCCCCUCCCCGAGCACCUGGAGGAUCUGGACAGCUCCUGCACGCUGCUGGGCAGUCUCCCUGCCGCACUGGACAGCGCCUUGCUGCACAGCAUCGAGACCACCAUCAUCGACUGGUCCCACCAGAUCCGGGACGUCCUGAACAAGGACUCGGCGCAGCCCUUGCUGGACGGCUCCAACCCGCUGCCCAGGGUGGAGUUCGACUUCUGGCGCACCCGGCUGAGGAACCUGGGGUGCAUCCACGAGCAGCUGCUCUCCACGCGCGUGACCAUGAUCACCGGCGUGCUGAAGAAGGCGAAGAGCUGCUACUGGCCGGCGCUCAAGGCUGUUUUCAAGGACGUCAAUGCAGGGCUGAAGGAAGCCAGUGACAUCGACCUGUACCUGAAGCCGCUCCGGGUGCUGCUGGAGGAAAUGGAGCAAGUGGACUAUGCCCAGCUGCCACCCUACAUCGACCAGGUCCUGUACACGGUCUGCCUGGUGUGGGCCAACUCCGGGCACUACAGCACGCCCUCCCGCAUCAUCGUCAUCCUGCAGGAGAUCUGCAACCUCUUCAUUGAGCUGACCCGGAACUUCCUGAGCCCGGAGGAGGUGAUGAAGGGCCUGCAGGGCGAGAUCGAGGAGAUCCUGGGCGGGAUCAGGCUGAGCAUCACCGUCAUCGAGAAGCUGUACCGGACCUACGACGCCUGCUGCUCGGACGCCAUGCCCGCCUUCUUCCAGGACAAGGAGCUGCGGCUCUGGGAGUUCCCCUCCUCUCUCGUGUUUGGCAGGAUGGACUCGUUCCUGCACCGGCUGAAGACCAUCGAGGAGCUGUACGUGACGGCCGUGGAAUUCCUGAAGCUGGAGAAGAUCGAGCUGGGCGGCGUGCGAGGAAACAUCCUCGGGAAUAUGGUGUUUCAGAUUUAUGAGGAGGUCUCGGAGCUCAUCAAGGUGUUUGCUGACUGCAAAUACGAUCCCUUGGAUCCUGCGGAAGAGCAAUUUGAUGUGGACUUUGCGGAGUUCCAGACCAAAGUCCAGGACCUGGACAGGAGGCUGGUGACCAUCUUCUGCCAAGGAUUCGGUGACUGCAACAGUUUUGAGUCUGCUGUGAAGCUCGUCCACAUGUUUGCAUCCCUCCUGGACCGACCUCUGAUCAAGACAGAAGCAUCUCCUCGCUACUUGACCCUGCUGGAAAUGUUAAAUGCUGAACUGGACAAUGCCAAGGUCACGUACGAUGCCCAGGUAGUGGCUGCCCAGUCGAGCAGAGGCGCUCUGCCCAUCAACAAGAACAUGCCCCCCGUUGCUGGGCACCUGAAGUGGGCUCUGGAGCUCCAAGAGAGGCUGGAUGUGCAGAUGAGGGAGCUGCAAGCCAUCACUCACCCCAUCAUGGCCAGCGCUGAGGCGAAGCUGGUGCACGAGAAGUACAGGGAGAUGAUACGUCUGCUGCAGAAUUACCGCGACCAGACCUACGAGGAGUGGAUAGGCCAGGUGGAUGCCGACUGCCAGUUCAACCUGGAGCAGCCUUUGCUGCGGAGGGAUCUGGACUCCAUGCUCCUAAGGGUCAACUUCAGCCAGAAGCUCGUUGCUGUUCUCCGGGAAGUCAAGUACUUGAAUUUCCAGCAGCAGAAGGAUAUUCCGGGGAGUGCCGAGAGCCUCUUUGCUCGCAACGAGACUUUCCGCAAGUUCGUGGACAACUUGGAUCUCAUCGUGGGUUGGUACAACAAGAUCAGGUUGACGGUGCUGCCAGUUGAACUUCCUCUGAUAAAGGAGGAGCUGGAGGAGACGGACGCCAAGCUGAAGACGGCCGAAACCACGCUGUUCUGGAGCAGCGAAGGGGCUAUGGAGUACAUCCAGGAGAUGAGGGACGGUUUAUACAACUUAGAGGCGAGAAUCCAGAAAACGAAGCUAAACGUAGAGAACGUUGUCCAGCUCAUGCAGGACUGGGCCGCCAGCCCUUUGUUUGAAAGGAAGGACAACAAGGAGAUGGCCCUCUUGGACCUGGAUGGGAAGGCGAGCAACUUAACCAAGCGCUACGCAGCCAUUCAGGACGUAGGGCUGAAGAUUCAGGCCAUGCUGACAGAGAACACAGACUUAUUCAAGGCUGACAGCACGUCCCGGACGUGGCUGAACUACGUGGAGUACGUGGAUAACGCGGUCCUGGACGGGUUCUUCCAGUUCGUCCACAACUCGCUCCAGUUCCUGCUCACCAACAUGGCACCAGGGGCCAACGUCGCGCCACUGUUUGAGGUGCGCCUGGAGCUGUACAGAGACGACCUGCGCUACCACCCGUCCCUGGAGGUGGGGGCAGAGAACGGCUUCCUGGAGCUGGUGGAAAGUCUCACGAACGACAUCUAUGAAGCGGCCAGGUUCAUCCCCCGCCUGGCCCACGGCAAGCAGAGCUACAAGAGCAACCUGGAGGACAUGUCGGACCUGCUGGAGAUGCGGGAGGAGGUGGCAUCUCUGGUCAUCAGCGCCAUGAAGCAGGGGGAGGAGUACGAGGACUCCUUCGAGAAGUACAGCUACCUGUGGAUGGACAACCCCCGCGACUUCAUGCAGCAGUUCCUCACGUUCGGGCGCGGGCUGACACUCGAGGAGCUGGAGUCCCACGCGGAGGAGUACCUGCCGCACGCCCCACCGCCCCUGCAGCAGUUCCAGCUGCAGAUCGAUCUGUACGAGAAGCUGUAUGAGGAGGUGUCCAAGUUCGAGAACAUGAAGGUGUUCAGCGGCUGGCUGCAGAGCGACUGCCGCCCCUUCAAGCAGGCGCUCCUCAACACCGUCAAGCGCUGGAGUCUCAUGUUCAAGCAGCACCUGGUCGACCACGUCACAACCAGCCUCCAGGGCCUAGCAGAUUUCAUGAAGGAAGCGAACGCGGGCCUGACUAAGCCCCUGAAGGAAGGUGACUAUGACGGGCUGGUGGAGGUGAUGGGACACCUGAUGAGGGUCAAAGACCGGCAGGCAGCCACAGACCACAUGUUUGAGCCCCUGAAGCAAACCAUCGAACUCCUCAAGACCUACGGGGAAGAGAUGCCGGAGGAAAUCCACAUGCAGCUGCACGAGCUGCCGGAGCAGUGGAACAACACCAAGAAGCUGUCCUUCCAGGUGAAGCAGAACGUGGCCCCGCUGCAGGCUAACGAGGUCUCCAUCAUCCGCAGGAAGUGCCAGCAGUUCGAGGUGCGGCAGCACGAGUUCAGGGAGAAGUUCAGAGAAGAGGCCCCCUUCACUUUUAUGGAUCCGGAUCCAUACCAGUCCUUGAACAAGCAACAGAAGAGCAUCACCGCAAUGGAGAGCAACAUGGAAGCCCUGGCCAAGUCCGCCGGGCUCUUUGAAGUGUCCAUCCCGGACUAUAAGCAGCUCAAAGCAUGCCACAAAGAAGUGCGUUUGCUCAAGGAGCUCUGGGAUAUGAUUGUCUUGGUGACCGCGAGCAUCGAUGCCUGGAAGACAACGAAGUGGAAAGACAUCAACGUGGAGCAGAUGGACAUCGAUUCAAAGAAGUUCGCGAAGGACAUCAGGAGCCUGGACAAAGAGAUGAGGAGCUGGGAUGUGUUCAUUGGGCUGGAUAACACCGUGAAGAACAUGAUCACCUCCCUGCGGGCCGUGAACGAGCUGCAGAACCCCGCCAUCCGGGACCGGCAUUGGCACGAGCUCAUGCAAGCGACCAAGGUGAACUUCACCAUGUCAGACGAGACGACCCUGGCUGACUUGCUGCAGCUGAAUCUCCACAAGUUUGAAGAUGAAGUUCGCAGCAUUGUAGACAAAGCGGUGAAGGAGUCGGGGAUGGAGAAGGUGCUGAAGUCCCUGGACAGUACGUGGUCCACCAUGCAGUUCGAGCACGAGCCUCACACCAGAACAGGCACCAUGCUGCUCCGGUCCGACGAGGUGCUCGUAGAGACCUUGGAAGACAACCAGGUGCAACUGCAGAACCUGAUGACCUCCAAGUACCUGGCUCACUUCCUGAAGGAGGUGUCGAGCUGGCAGCGGAAAUUAUCGACGGCCGACUCUGUCAUAAGCAUCUGGUUUGAGGUGCAGAGAACGUGGAGCCAUCUGGAGAGCAUCUUCAUCGGCUCCGAAGACAUCCGGAAGCAGCUGCCAGACGACUCCAAGCGGUUUGAUUUGAUCGAUAAAGAUUUCAAAGAAUUAAUGGCUGACGCCAUAAAAAUCCCUAAUGUGAUCGAGGCAACAAACAAACCAGGGCUCUAUGAAAAGCUGGAAGCCCUACAGAAAAGCCUGGCACUGUGCGAAAAGGCUUUGGCCGAGUACCUGGAGACCAAGCGCCUGGCUUUUCCCAGGUUCUACUUUGUUUCGUCUGCAGACCUGCUGGACAUUUUAUCAAACGGAAACGAGCCUGUUGAGGUGGGCCGGCACCUGGCCAAGCUGUUUGACAGCAUCGCGAAACUCAAGUUCAAAAUGGACCCAAACGACAAGCCCCUGAAGGUCGGCGUGGGGAUGUACAGCAAGGAGGACGAGUACGUGGACUUCGACAAGGACUGCGACUGCUCCGGGCAGGUGGAGAUGUGGCUGAAUCGUGUGCUGGAGAGGAUGCGCGCCACGCUGCGCCAUCUCAUCCCCGAGGCCGUGGUGACGUACGAGGAGAAGCCGCGCGAGCAGUGGCUGUUUGACUACCCCGCGCAGAUUGCUCUAACCUGCACCCAGAUCUGGUGGACGACGGAGGUCGGCAUCGCCUUCUCCCGGCUGGAGGAGGGUUACGAGAACGCGAUCAAAGACUACAACAAGAAGCAGAUCAGCCAGCUCAACGCCCUGAUUACGCUGCUCCUCGGCAGCCUGUCCUCGGGCGACAGGAUGAAGAUCAUGACGAUCUGCACCAUUGACGUACACGCCCGAGACGUCGUGGCCAAAAUGAUCACGGCCAAGGUGGAGACCUCCCAGGCCUUCACAUGGCAGUCGCAGCUGCGGCACCGCUGGGACGAGGACAAGCGGCACUGCUACGCCAACAUCUGUGACGCCCAGCUGCAGUAUUCCUACGAGUACCUGGGCAACACGCCCCGGCUGGUCAUCACUCCGCUCACGGACCGGUGCUACAUCACGCUGACGCAGUCCCUGCACCUGAUCAUGGGCGGCGCCCCAGCGGGCCCCGCCGGCACCGGGAAGACAGAGACCACCAAGGACCUGGGCCGCGCUAUCGGGACCAUGGUGUACGUCUUCAACUGCUCCGAGCAGAUGGACUACAAGUCAUGCGGGAACAUCUACAAGGGGCUGGCGCAGACGGGCGCCUGGGGCUGCUUCGAUGAGUUCAACCGCAUCUCGGUGGAGGUCCUGUCCGUGAUUGCCGUGCAGGUGAAAUGCGUCCAAGACGCCAUCCGGGCCAAGAAGACCACGUUCAGCUUCCUCGGCGAGAUGAUCGCCCUCGUCCCCACCGUCGGGCUCUUCAUCACCAUGAACCCAGGCUACGCAGGGCGGACCGAGCUGCCCGAAAACCUGAAGGCUCUGUUCAGGCCCUGUGCCAUGGUGGUGCCCGACUUCGAGCUCAUCUGUGAGAUCAUGCUGGUGGCAGAAGGCUUUCUCGAUGCCAAACUUCUAGCAAGGAAGUUCAUUACUCUCUACACUCUGUGCAAGGAGCUGCUUUCCAAACAGGACCAUUAUGACUGGGGCUUGCGGGCCAUCAAGUCGGUGCUGGUUGUGGCCGGCUCCUUGAAGAGAGGGGACCCCGGCCGCGCGGAGGACCAGGUCCUCAUGAGAGCUCUGCGGGACUUCAACACCCCCAAGAUAGUGACGGACGACCUGCCCGUGUUCAUGGGGCUCAUCGGGGACCUCUUCCCAGCACUGGACGUCCCCAGAAAGCGGGAUCUCAACUUUGAGAAGGUCAUCAAGCAGUCCAUCCUGGAGCUGCGGCUGCAGGCGGAGGAGAGCUUCGUGCUGAAGGUGGUGCAGCUGGAGGAGCUGCUGCAAGUGCGGCACUCGGUGUUCGUCAUCGGCAACGCGGGCUGUGGCAAGUCGCAGGUCCUGAAGUCCCUGAACAAGACGUACCAGACCAUGAAGAGGAGGCCCGUGGCCGUGGACCUGGACCCCAAAGCCGUGACCUGCGAUGAGCUCUUUGGAAUCAUUCACCCGGCGACCAGGGAAUGGAAAGACGGUCUGUUCUCCACCACGAUGCGAGACCUGGCUAACAUCACGCACAAGGGCCCCAAGUGGAUCAUUCUGGACGGGGACAUCGACCCCAUGUGGAUCGAGUCUCUGAACACCGUCAUGGACGACAACAAGGUCCUCACCUUGGCAAGCAACGAGCGCAUCCCCCUGAACCCCACCAUGAGACUGCUGUUUGAGAUCAGCCACCUGCGGACGGCAACGCCUGCCACCGUGUCCAGGGCCGGCAUCCUCUACAUCAACCCCGCAGACCUGGGCUGGAACCCCGUGGUGAGCAGCUGGAUUGAGAAGCGCACGGUGCAGUCCGAGAAAGCCAACCUGAUGAUCCUGUUUGAUAAAUACCUGCCCACGUGCCUGGAGAAGCUGAAGUUUGGGUUCAAGAAGAUCACGCCAGUGCCUGAGGUUACGGUGAUCCAGACCCUCCUGUAUCUGCUCGAAUGUCUCCUGACUCCGGCCAGCGCGCCCCCGGACUCCCCCAAGGAGCUCUACGAGCUCUACUUCGUGUUUGCCUGUUUCUGGUCGUUCGGAGGAGCCAUGUUCCAAGACCAGCUCGUGGACUAUCGCGUGGAGUUCAGCAGAUGGUGGGUGAACGAAUUUAAAACCAUCAAGUUUCCUUCUCAGGGGACUAUUUUUGACUAUUUCAUUGAUCCUGACACAAAGAAAUUUUUGCCGUGGACUGAAAGAGUGCCCAAAUUUGAACUGGAUCCAGAAAUCCCAUUACAAGCCUCCAUGGUGCACACGACAGAGACCAUCCGGAUCCGCUACUUCAUGGACCUGCUGAUGGCGAGGAAGUGGCCUGUGAUGCUGGUGGGGAACGCGGGCACGGGGAAGUCGGUCCUGAUGGGGAACAAGCUGGAGGCGCUCAACACCGACGACUACCUGGUGCAGUCCGUGCCCUUCAACUUCUACACGACCUCGGCCAUGCUGCAGGCGAUACUCGAGAAGCCCCUGGAGAAGAAGUCGGGGAGGAACUUCGGGCCCCCGGGCACCAAGAAGCUCAUCUACUUCAUAGACGACAUGAACAUGCCGGAGGUCGACAAGUACGGCACGGUGGCGCCUCACACACUGAUCAGGCAGCACAUGGACCACGGGCACUGGUAUGACCGGAACAAGCUGACCCUAAAGGACAUCCACAACUGCCAGUACGUGGCCUGCAUGAACCCGACCGCCGGGUCGUUCACCAUCGACUCCAGGCUGCAGCGACACUUCUGCGUGUUUGCCGUGAGCUUCCCUGGGCAGGAUGCGCUCAUGACCAUCUACAGCACCAUCCUGGCCCAGCACCUGGCCAUCCAGAAGGUCUCGCCGGUGGUGCAGAAGAUCCAGACCCAGCUGGUUGCAGGAGCCUUGGCCUUACAUCAGAAGGUGACCACGACCUUCCUGCCCACAGCCAUCAAAUUCCACUACCUCUUCAACCUCCGGGACCUCUCCAACAUAUUCCAGGGCCUGUUGUUCUCCACUGCUGAAUGCCUGAAGAACCCCAUCGACCUCGUGCGGCUCUGGCUGCACGAAGCGGAGCGGGUGUACGGCGACAAGCUCAUCGACGAGAAGGACCAGGAGAGCUUCGGAAGGGUCCUCGUGGCCACCUGCAAGAAGCACUUUGAUGAGCUCGGCGAGACCCUGCUGUUCACCAAGCCCAACAUCUACUGCCACUUUGCCCAAGGCAUCGGGGAGCCCAAGUACCUGCCCGUGUCGGGCUGGCCAUCCCUGAACAAGCUGCUGGCGGAGGCCCUGGACACCUACAAUGAGGUCAACGCAGUGAUGAACCUGGUGCUGUUCGAGGACGCCGUGUCGCACAUCUGCCGGAUCAGCCGGAUCCUGGAGGCGCCGCGGGGCAACGCGCUGCUGGUGGGGGUGGGAGGCAGCGGGAAGCAGAGCCUGUCGCGCCUCGCAGCCUACAUCAGCGGCCUGGACGUCUUCCAGAUCACGCUGAAGAAGGGCUACGGGAUCCCGGACCUCAAGCUGGACCUGGCCUCACAGUACAUCAAGGCGGCCGUGAAGAACACGCCCACCGUCUUCCUCAUGACGGACUCGCAGGUGGCGGAGGAGCCGUUCCUGGUCCUGAUCAACGACUUCCUGGCGUCGGGCGAGGUGCCGGGGCUCUUCCAGGACGACGAGGUGGAGAACAUCCUCAGCUCCAUGCGGCCGCAGGUGAAGUUCCUGGGGCUGCCGGACACGCGGGAGAACUGCUGGAAGUUCUUCAUCGACAAAGUCAGGCGGCAGCUGAAGAUCAUCCUGUGCUUCUCGCCUGUGGGGUCGACUCUGCGGGUGCGUGCGAGGAAGUUCCCUGCCGUGGUCAACUGCACGGCCAUCGACUGGUUCCACGAGUGGCCGGAGGACGCGCUGGUCUCCGUCAGCGGCCGGUUCCUGGAGGAGACAGAGGGGAUUGAGCCGGAGGUCAAGGUCUCCAUCAGCCAGUUCAUGUCCUUCGUGCACGAGAGCGUGAACGAGAUGUCCAAGGUGUACCUGGCCACGGAGCGGCGCUACAAUUACACCACACCCAAAACCUUCCUGGAGCAGAUCAAGCUCUACCAGAACCUGCUCGCCAAGAAGCGGAGGGAGCUCAUCGCCAAGAUCGAGAGGCUGGAGAACGGCCUGAUGAAGCUGCAGAGCACGGCCUCGCAGGUCGACGACCUCAAGGCCAAGCUGGCGGUGCAGGAGCUGGAGCUGAAGCACAAGAAUGAGGACGCCGACAAGCUGAUCCAGGUGGUGGGCAUCGAGACAGACAAGGUGAGCCGGGAGAAGAUGAUCGCCGACGAGGAGGAGCUGAAGGUCCAGGUCAUCAACACGAACGUGGCAGAGAAGCAGAGAGCCUGCGAGACCGACCUGGCGAAGGCAGAGCCUGCUCUGAUCGCGGCGCAAGAAGCCCUCGACACGCUGAACAAGAACAACCUGACGGAGCUGAAGUCCUUCGGGUCGCCCCCCGAGGCCGUGGUGAACGUGACAGCCGCCGUGAUGAUCCUGACCGCACCCGGGGGCCGCAUCCCCAAGGACAAGAGCUGGAAGGCGGCAAAGAUCAUGAUGGGGAAAGUCGACUCCUUCAUCGACACCUUGAAGAAGUUCGACAAGGAGCACAUCCCGGAGCCCUGCCUCAAAGCCUUCAGGCCAUACCAGUCGGAUCCCACCUUCGACCCCGAGUUCAUCAUGUCCAAGUCGACGGCGGCCGCGGGGCUGUGCUCCUGGUGCCUUAACAUCGUGCGCUUCUACGAGGUGUACUGCGACGUGGCGCCCAAGCGGCAGGCUCUGGAGGAGGCGAACGCGGAGCUGGCCGAGGCGCAGGAGAAGCUGAGCCGCAUUAAAAACAAAAUUGCGGACCUAAACGCCAACCUGGCAACCCUGACGGCCGAAUUUGAAAAGGCGACAGCCGAAAAAAUCAAGUGCCAGCAGGAGGCCGACACCACGAACAGAGUCAUCAUGUUAGCAAACAGGCUGGUCCGGGGCCUGGCCUCCGAGAACGUGCGCUGGGCUGAAUCGGUGCAGACCUUCCAGGAGCAGGGCAAGACGCUGUGCGGGGACGUGCUGCUCAUCUCCGCCUUCGUGUCCUACGUGGGCUACUUCACCAAGAAGUACCGGGCCGAACUGGUCGACCGGCACUGGGUCCCCUACUUGAACAAGCUCAAGGUGCCCAUCCCCGUCACGCCGGAGCUGGAUCCCCUGAGCCUCCUGACGGACGACGCGGACGUGGCGACGUGGAACAACCAGGGGCUGCCCAGUGACCGCAUGUCCACGGAGAACGCCACCAUCCUGUGCAGCACCGAGCGCUGGCCCCUCAUCGUGGACGCCCAGCUGCAGGGGAUCAAGUGGAUUAAGAACAAGUACGGGCAGGACCUGAAGGCGAUCCGGCUGGGCCAGCGAAGCUACCUGGACAUCAUUGAGCAGGCGGUCUCCGAGGGCCACACGCUGCUCAUCGAGAACAUCGGCGAGACGGUGGAGCCCGUGCUGGACCCGCUGCUGGGCAGGAACACCAUCAAGAAGGGGAAGUACAUCAAGAUCGGCGACAAGGAGGUGGAGUAUCACCCACACUUCCGCCUCAUCCUGCACACCAAGUACUUCAACCCCCACUACAAGCCCGAGAUGCAGGCACAAUGCACGCUCAUCAACUUCCUGGUGACGCGGGACGGGCUGGAGGACCAGCUGCUGGCUGCCGUGGUGGCCAAGGAGCGCCCAGACCUGGAGGAGCUGAAGGCUAAUCUCACCAAGAGCCAGAACGAGUUCAAGAUCUUCCUGAAAGAGCUGGAGGACUCCCUGCUGGCCCGGCUCUCCGCCGCCUCGGGGAACUUCCUGGGGGACACGGCGCUGGUGGAGAACCUCGAGACCACCAAGCGCACGGCCAUGGAAAUCGAGGAGAAGGUGAGGGAAGCCAAGGUGACGGAAGUCCGAAUUAACGAAGCAAGAGAGAGCUACCGGCCGGCUGCGGAGCGGGCGUCUCUGCUCUACUUCAUCCUCAACGACCUCAACAAGAUCAACCCCAUCUACCAGUUCUCGCUGAAGGCGUUCAACGUGGUGUUUGAGAAAGCCAUCCAGCGCACGACGCCCGCCGAGGAGGUGAAGCAGCGGGUGGCCAACCUGACGGACGAGAUCACCUACUCGGUGUUCAUGUACACGGCGCGCGGGCUCUUCGAGAGGGACAAGCUCAUCUUCCUGGCACAAGUGGCAUUUCAGGUCUUGCUGAUGAAGAAAGAAGUGAACCCGGUUGAACUGGACUUCCUCUUGCGCUUCCCCUUCAAAGCCGGCGUGGCCUCCCCCGUGGAUUUCUUACAGUCUCAAGGCUGGGGAGGAAUUAAGGUCCUCUCCGACAUGGAUGCGUUCAAGAACUUGGACAGCGACAUCGAGGGCUCGGCCAAGCGCUGGAAGAAGUUUGUGGAGUCGGAGGCCCCGGAGAAGGAGGUCUUCCCCAAGGAGUGGAAGAACAAGACGGCCCUGCAGAAGCUGUGCAUGAUGAGGUGCAUGCGGCCCGACAGGAUGACCUACGCUGUCAGGAACUUUGUGGAGGAGAAGAUGGGGAGCAAGUUUGUGGAAGGCCGGAGCGUGGAGUUCUCCAAGUCCUACGAGGAGAGCAGCCCGUCCACCGCCAUCUUCUUCAUCCUCUCCCCCGGCGUCGACCCCCUGAAAGACGUGGAGGCCCUGGGCAAGAAGCUGGGCUUCACCAUCGACAACGAGAAGCUGCACAACGUGUCGCUGGGGCAGGGCCAGGAGGUCGUGGCCGAGAACGCGCUGGACAUGGCGGCCGUGCAGGGCCACUGGGUCAUUCUGCAGAACAUCCACCUGGUGGCCAAGUGGCUGGGCACGCUGGACAAGAAGGUGGAGCGGUACAGCCAGGGCAGCCACGCCGACUACCGCGUGUUCAUGAGCGCCGAGCCGGCCCCCAGCCCCGACACACACAUCAUCCCGCAGGGGCUCCUGGAGAACGCCAUCAAGAUCACCAACGAGCCACCCACGGGCAUGUACGCCAACCUGCACAAGGCGCUGGACCUCUUCACGCAGGACACGUUGGAGAUGUGCAGCCGGGAGAUCGAGUUCAAGUGCAUCCUGUUUGCCCUCUGUUACUUCCACGCGGUGGUAGCGGAAAGGCGUAAAUUCGGCGCUCAGGGCUGGAAUCGGUCUUACCCCUUCAACAACGGAGACCUGACCAUAUCCAUCAACGUGCUCUACAACUACCUGGAGGCCAACGCCAAGGUGCCCUGGGACGACCUGCGCUACCUCUUUGGGGAGAUCAUGUACGGGGGGCACAUCACGGACGACUGGGACCGGCGGCUGUGCCGCACCUACCUGCAGGAGUACGUCCGCGUGGAGAUGCUGGAAGGAGACAUGCUCUUGGCGCCCAGCUUCUUCAUCCCUCCCAACCUGGACUACAAGGGCUACCACGAGUACGUGGACGAGAGCCUGCCGCCCGAGAGCCCCUACCUGUACGGCCUGCACCCCAACGCCGAGAUCGGCUUCCUCACCGUCACCUCGGAGAAGCUCUUCCGCACCGUGCUGGAGAUGCAGCCCAAGGAGUCGGAGGCGGGGGCUGGCACUGGCGUGUCCCGCGAAGAGAAGGUCAAGGCCGUGCUGGACGAGAUCCUGGAGCGGCUCCCCGAGCCCUUCAACAUGGUGGAGGUGAUGGCGAAAGCAGCGGAGAAAACGCCCUACGUGGUGGUGGCCUUCCAGGAGUGCGAGAGGAUGAACAUCCUGACCACGGAGCUGCGGCGCUCGCUGAAGGAGCUGAACUUGGGGCUGAAGGGGGAGCUGACGAUUACGACAGACAUGGAGGAGCUGUCUACCGCCCUCUUCUACGACAACGUGCCCGAGUUAUGGACAAACCGGGCCUACCCCUCCUUGCUGGGCUUGGGAGCCUGGUACGCAGACCUGCUACUUCGGAUCCGGGAGCUAGAAGCCUGGACCACCGACUUCGCGCUGCCCGCGACAGUGUGGCUGGCAGGCUUCUUCAACCCCCAGUCGUUCCUCACGGCCAUCAUGCAGUCCAUGGCCAGGAAGAACGAGUGGCCGCUGGACAAGAUGUGCCUCUCCGUGGAGGUGACCAAGAAGAACCGCGAGGACAUGACAGCUCCCCCCCGGGAAGGCUCUUACACACACGGCCUGUUCAUGGAAGGCGCUCGCUGGGACAUCCCUAGUGGCGUCAUCGCAGACGCGCGGCUGAAGGAGCUGACGCCCUCGAUGCCAGUCAUCUUCAUCAGAGCCAUCCCCGUGGACCGCAUGGACACCAAGAACGUCUACGAGUGCCCCGUCUACAAGACGCGGAUACGUGGCCCCACUUACGUCUGGACCUUCAACCUGAAGACAAAAGAGAAACCGGCUAAGUGGAUUCUUGCUGCUGUCGCUUUGCUCUUGCAGGUUUGAUCGUCUACUGAACCACCACUCGGCACAGGCCGCAGAGCCCGUGGCCACUCACUGAACGCGCAGCCCAACCCCUCGUCUGUCCCAGAGGUAUUUUAGCCAUGUGACAAUAAAAGAAACAUCAAGUUCCUA